AGCUGCUGGCCCGACGUCAGGGCGGAACCAUAUGCAUCAGUUAUGGACAAUAAGUCCACAUUUCUAUAAUCACACUGUCCCUCAUGAAGUAUGAGGCCUUUAUUUAUAGUUGCAGCCGUAGGGGCUGCGGCGAGCAGCGGAGCGCUGCUGGCGGUGCUUUUGUACUUUAAUUUAUCCACAACGUCUACUCCAACAGAGGACUGGCAGAGGGCCACAUCUGUUUAUGAGUUCAAUGCAACAGAUAUUGAUGGGAAUCAUAUUUCCAUGGAGAAGUACAGGGGAUAUGUUCUCGUCAUCACCAAUGUUGCCUCCAAAUGAGGAAAAACCCCAGUAAACUACUCUCAGUUUGCCGACAUGCACGCUAGGUAUACUGAGAGAGGUUUACGCAUCCUUGGCUUCCCGUCUAACCAGUUUGGGAAUCAGGAGCCAGGAAACGAAACUCAGAUCAAGCAGUUUGCUCGCUCUUACAAUGCUGAGUUUGACAUGUUCAGUAAGAUUGAAGUGAACGGGAACGGCGCUCACCCUCUGUGGAAGUGGCUGAAGGAGCAGCCCAACGGGAAAGGCACCUUUGGAAAUAGCAUCAAGUGGAAUUUCACCAAGUUUUUGAUCAACAGAGAGGGGCAGGUGAUGAAGAGAUACGGACCCCUGGAUGAUCCAAGUGUUGUGGAGAAGGAUCUUCCCAAAUACCUUUAAACCCCUAACAGAUGCCUCACUCUUCACUUGCUGAUUCCUGAUUCAUUACUUACUGAUCGUCCAUCCAUUCUGCUCCUCCUUCUUUACUCUGGUUCUCCAAGCAUCAGUGGAUAUAGUCUGAGUCCAUCCCUCAUCAAUGAUGGUCUGCUUAAUAAACCUGCAUCGUGGGCGAGGCAGACCUGAUGAAAAAGGCGUGCAAACCUGCUGGGAGGAUUCUGCAGCUUCUAUUCCCCUGGUUCCUUGGACUCCUGGAGAAAAGAUCUGUGACCAUAUAAUGCUCUUAACAUCUUAAAGUGUUGUUUUGUUUUCUUAAUAAAAAUCUAACAAGAUUUUUUUUUCAGAUGAAAA